AUGUCACCGAUCUCUUCACCCCCAGCCUUGGUCAUGGGUGGAGCAGGCUUCAGCUACCAACUGAACCCUGACCCCGAAUCUCUUCCUAUCGUCGACAUCCUCUUACGCGCAUUCGAACUUGGCGUGCGCACCAUUGACACAUCACCAUACUAUGAGCCUUCAGAGCAACUUAUGGGCGCUGCAUUAUCAGAUUCUCGUAUCCAGUCAGAAUAUCAACGGAGCGACUAUGAGCUCAUGACCAAGGUUGGCCGCAUCAAGGAAAAUGAAUUUAACUACUCCCCGGACUGGAUCAAAAAGUCUGUUGCCAGGUCACUGCAGCGAUUUGGAACUACAUACUUGGACGUUGUGUUCUGCCAUGAUGUCGAGUACGUCUCCUUGGAUGAAGCCGUCACAGCUGUUGGUGUAUUGCUGGAGUUUCAACGAAUUGGGGUUAUUCUGCGGGUCGGAAUCUCGGGCUACGACAUUGAUGUUCUCGCUGAAGUUGCUAGCCUUGCCAGACAGAAAUAUGGACACCCUGUCGAUGUUGUCCAAACCUGGGCUCAGCUCACCCUUCAGAACACACAAGCCGAAACCCGUGGGUUUGAUCGCUUCCGUGCAGCUGGUGUAAACACUGUGUUCUGCUCAAGUCCACUGGCUGUUGGACUAUUGAGGACAGGCGGUAUUCCUCUUGGACUGACCGGUGAUUGGCAUCCUGCGCCUCAAGGUCUGAGAGCUGCCGCGGCCAAAGCUGCUGAGUGGAUGGACAAGCAUGGAGAAGGAGAGAGUCUAUGUUCCCUGGCGAUGCAGUAUGCUAUUGUGAAAGCGAAGCAGAACUGCACUCCCUCGUUCUCGGUCUCAACCAUUACAGGCAUCAGUACUCUUUCAGAUCUGGAGCAAAAUGUGAUUGCAGUCAAAAGAGUACUAAAGACUGAUGGAAACUCUGAGAGCUUACGAGACUGUACCGAGCUAGACCCUCAAGCAGUGGAGAGCAGAUUGUCGCUCGCUGAGCGAGUUCGUCUGAUCAUUGGUGAGUGGUUAGACUAUGACUUUUCUGGGAAGAAGCCCAAGACAGUCGAGAAUGACUCCAACGGGAAAGAUAUCAAUGAGUCUGAUGCAGCAAAUAUCACAACACCGAAGAGCGGGGAGUUGAAGCAAUUCGCAACAAUCGGAGUGGCAGCGUGA